UCAACUAGGAGCAUCACGACCGAAACAACCAGCACUCUUGAAGAGGGAGAUACUGGCCCUUUAAGGAAAAUGAAACAAUUUUCGAAUAAAAUAACAAACUUUUGAAAGGAUAAACUGGUGUAAAAAGGAAGAUAUAAUUUCGGAGAGGAAUAAGUAUACAAACGACGCGUUUGAGAAUUGAGGAAUGUUGUAAAGGAAAAGGCAUGAUAUCCAGCUAGCUAGUCCGCUUGCAUAGCUAAACAUGGAGGGUAGUGUGAACGAGAACUAACGUUAGCUUUCUUGCUAGCAUUCGCUGAAAGAGAACUGCAUUUUUUUCAAACAAAAGUUGUUUUUCUCGUUAGAGGACGCGUUGCUCGUUGGAUGAGGUAUUUUCCAAAGUGCUAUCGGUUGGACUGCUACUAGAAAUAUGGUCGGCAGUUGGGCGGUAUAUCCAAAACGGCAAACUGCUAGUGCUGGCUAGCUGUAUGCACAACCCGCGUUGAAAAGUUAGAUAAUGUUUGCUGGCCGGUUAUUGAAGUUUUUGUCUUCGUUCAAUUUAGUGAAAUAACGUUGUGCAGUACUUGCAGCGAACGGGAAUUAUAUGUGCUUAAAUAACUGCAAGGCGCGGACUGGCUUGCCAUAGUCAAGCAAUGCGUUGAUCGCACUUGUAGUAGCAGUAACGUUAGCCAGUAAAGUCGCUCUCCGUACAACGUUACGACGAUUUACAAGCUUUUACCAGCAAAUUAAGUUAUGAACGAGCAAAACUACAUCAUGAGACACGGGGGCUUAAUGGAUAUAACUAUAAGCUGCGCAUUCCCAUUCAAAACUUAGUUCAUACAAGGAACAAUGUUUGUGUGGAGCGCACUGUUUCAAAUCGCGACUUCAGCGUUACCUAGCUAUGCUAUAACCUGCAGAAGAUUCGUUAUGAAUCACGAUGUAAAACGAGCUCUCUUUAGUGUUCGGAAUUAAUUAUACACGUAACGUGGUGAUUAAUUUUGUACUGUGCAGUAUGCCAGAGAUUGCAUAUUGUGCAUGGUUCACCUUUAGUAUGGUUUAGAAGACGCACAGGAAUUUUUUACAUGGAGACUUGUUUGACAUGCCAAGGACGGAGUUACCAUUGCCAGAGGGCUGGGAGGAAGCCCUGGAUUUUGACGGGAAGGUCUAUUACAUUGACCACAUCAAUCACACAACAAGCUGGAUUGACCCAAGAGACAGGCAGACCAAGCCUCUGACGUUUGCUGACUGCAUCGGGGACGAGCUGCCGGUGGGCUGGGAGGAGGCCUAUGACCCCCAUGUUGGAGCCUAUUAUGUGGACCACAACACGAAGAGCACGCAGCUGGAGGACCCGCGCCUGCAGUGGCAGAGGGAGCAGAAGCGCAUGCUGCACCAGUACCUGGACGUGGCACGCGAUGCCCUCUCCGCCCAGAAGGAGCUGUGCCAGGUGAAGGAGCAGCGCCUCCUGCUGGCCCAGCAGGAGUACCGCCAGCUCAACGACGUGUGGAGGGACAAGUCCGCCUCGCAGACCAGCUUGAACUCUAGAUCCUCCUCCAGCAGUAAAUAUGACCCAGACAUCCUGAAAGCGGAGAUCGUAACUGCAAAGAGCCGGGUGGGCAAACUGAAGAGAGACCUGGCGAAUAUGAAGCAGGAGCUGCAGUACAAGGAGCAGGGCUUCGAAACGCUCAGAGAGAUCGAGCACAAGGUGUCCAGCACGGCGUACGGGUACAAUCUGAACCAGGUCCAGGCCAUCCUCAGCGAAGUGAAGGCCAUCAAAAGUGCCAUCAGCUCUGGGGAGAGGGAGAAGCAGGAGCUGAUGCAGAAACUGGCGGUGCUGAAGGACGGGUUCCAGCUGGACUCGAGCUCGCAGUCGGACCUGUGGGCCAGCAGCUCCUCGCUGGCCGACUCCAGCCUGUCGCUGCCCCGCCUGUACUCCGACGCUGAGUCGCAGACAGACGUCCCCGCGGAGUUGGCCGGAAACACAAACAACAGGUUGGCGGAGAAGGUGCGCUUGAGCCUGAAGUAUGAAGAAGCGAAACGCAGGAUCGCCAACAUCGAGGUGCAGAUCGCCAAGCUGGACAGCGAGGCGUGGCCGGGCCUGCUGGACCCCGAGCGGGACCGGCUGAUCCUGAUCAGCGAGAAGGAGGAGCUGCUGAAGGAGCUGCAGUACAUGCAGCCCUGCGCCCGCGCCCCCUGCCACGCCCAGCAGAUCGAGAGCCAGAAGAGACGGCUGGAGCAGGACCUGCAGGCCGCCCGCGACAGCCAGAGCAAGGCCCUGACCGAGAGGCUGAGGCUACACUGCAAGAGGAACAAGCUGGUUCGAGAGCUGGAGGAGACGGUCCGCCUGGCGUCCUCCCUGCACACGCAGCUGAAAAGCCUGUCGGCCAGCACGCUGUCCUGCUCCUCGGGCAGCAGCCGGGGCUCGCUGACGUCCAGCCGGGGGUCUCUGGCCACCUCCAGCCUGGGCUCCACCUCGUCCCUCAGCCUGGCGGACCUGUACGCGGACCAGCCCGAGCUGGGCGACCCCGACCUGCAGAGCAAGCUGGACACGCUGCUGCAGGAGGGGGGUCCGGCGGGCUCCUACCGGCCCGCCAGCUCCAUCACCACCAUCCACGAGAACGAGGUGAUCGGGCCGGCGGGCGGGCCGGGGGACCCCGAGGCCCCCCCGCGCCUGCCGCCCCCCCGGCUCCCCGAGACGCCCCGCUCCAUGAGCUCGCUGUCCCCCCGCUCCUCUCUGUCCUCGCUCUCCUCGCCCCCCCGCUCGCCCCUGGGCCCCGACGCCAGCUUCCUGUGCGGCGACGGCGGCAGCGUGUUCGUGGGCGCCGGGGGGGCGGGGCUGGACCUGGAGCUGCAGGCGCGGCUGGCGGAGCUGCACCUGGAGAGCGCCGGACGCUCCCGCCGGUCCGGCUCGGAGGCCGACGCCAGGCAGGACGGCACCGCCGGCGCCGCGGACCCAGGCAGAGAUUCUGUUGCACAGUCGCGGGGGGCGGGGCCUGCUCUAAAGAAGGUGGGCGUGACCUCUGCGGUGUCGGACGAAUCGGUGGCCGGGGACAGUGGAGUUUACGAGCCGUCGGAGAAGAGGCCGGGCCCUCCCGCAGAGCCGCCGGUGACCAGAGAAGAUGGCGGCGCUCUGGGCUGUGCUCAGGUCAGGCUGGGACUGAAGUACGAUGUGAAGGAGAAGAGAUUCACGGUGUUCAUCACGCAGCUGGCCAACUGUGCAGCACUCCCCCUGCCACCGGACCACAGCGUGUACGUGCGAUUGGUCCUGCUGCCCUGCUCAGAGACGGCCCGGUGUCUGUUUCGAACCCGAGGCGCCCCGCCCCAGGAGGUGGUGGAGCUGAACGAAGUGUUCGGGGUGCCGGUGGCCCACAAUGCCUUGCGGCAGAAGACCCUGCGCGUUGACGUGUGCUUCACCAGCAGGACUGGCCGGGAAGAAUGCCUGGCUGGUGCUCAGAUUAGCCUCGCUGAAGUGGGCGGUUCUGAGGAGAGGUCCAGUAGGUGGUACAACCUCCUGAACUACGCGUAUCUGCCGGAGCUGCGCGUCCAGCACACCCAGCCGGGGACGUCCACAGGCCAGGACACGAGCCCUCGCCCGGCCACGGAGCCCAUCGCCGUGGCAACGGGCGCGGAGGUCGCCGGGGAGCAGGAGUGGCACGAGGCUCUGGAGGGCCAUGUCUUUGAGGACAGUGAUGCUGAGGGGGAGGAGCUUCUGGAGGAGGAGGAGGAAGAGGAGGAGUCCCAUCCAGACAGCCAAUGGGAAGUGGAAGAGGAGGUGGCCAAGCCGACUCCUGCAGGAGUUAAGAGAGAGAGGGUGAAUAAGGAGACGAGCAUGGAGGAUUUCUCCCGCCCAGCGUCCGUGGUUCGGCCCAAAGAGCGGAGGCCCCCCCCCCAGCAAAACCCCUUUGUGAGGGGCAACACCAUCAUCCGCUCCAAGACCUUCUCCCCCGGGCCGCAGAGUCAGUACAUAUGCAGGAUAAACCGCAGCGACAGUGACAGCUCCACGCUGUCCAAGAAGUCCCCGUUCGUCAGGAACUCCUCAGAGAGACGCAGCGUGAGGAUGAAGAGGACGGCGCUGCAGGCGAAGGGUCUGGACGGGCUGCUGCGGACGCCGCUGGACCUGGAGCUGGACCUGCAGGCGUCGCGGACCCGGCACAGCCGCCUGGCGGAGGAGCUGCGCGUGCUGCGCCAGCUGAAGGAGCAGCUGGAGGAGGCGUGGUCUCAGGGCCGGAGCCGCCUCCCCUCCUGGGUGCAGGAGGACGAGCGAUUCGCCCUCCUGCUGCGGCACGCCGAGAGACGGACCGCGGAAGAGCAGCAGCAGGAGCAGCGGGUGGAGAGGAUGAUGCGCGCGGCCGCCAAGGACGUGCACAAGAUCCGCGGGCAGAGCAGGAACGAGGUCCCCGAGGUGCAGUCCUUCAGAGAGAAGAUGGCCUUCUUCACCCGAGCGAAGAUCAACAUUCCAGACCUCCCUGCCGACGACGUGUAGAAAAGUUCAAGUAUUCUCCAGUCCUAGCUGCUGUUUCCACGGGGAUGGGACAGACUUCUGGUGGUAUUAUGAAGAAAUGGGAAAAAAAUAUAUAUGUAAAUUAGAAAAAAAAGUCUCAUUUUAAAACACUGGGUUAUAGAUUUGAAUUGCUAAUCUGUAUAUUUUUUUUAAAUGACUUAUUUUUUUUGUCAUUGUAGCAUUAUUUUACUGUUACUAAUUAGUGUACUUUGUUAGAUGUAAUAUGUUAGCAUAUUCUUCAGAUAGAGACACACACACACACCAAUGCAUGUUAUGUGAAAUAUGAGAAUAACUGGAAGAAUAUUGCUGUGUUGGUAAACGGACCAAACCGUUCUACAAUGUGAAUAUGGACACCAGUGGCACACGGCGGGAGGAUGUUGCCUGGAAACCAGCGGCUGCUCCACGCGUGCCGAUGAUGGGUGAUGACGGGUGAUGAUGAUGAUGAUGCGGCUGGAUUAAUGUGGCAUUGCACACGUGCGUGCGGUCUGUCCGUCAGUGAGCCUCAGAGAAGCACCAGCACGCACGUGCUCAGUUCGGCUCUGGGGGGGGGGGGAACUGCACUUACCUUCAGCUAAUCUCAGGUCGCCCCGAGGAGCGUGCGCACUUUAAAUGGCCGCGGGGGAACGCGGCACCCCCAGCCUUCGCUAACUGCGCCCCUCCCCGCUGGCUUCAGAAAGGGCGCUCGCGUUUUCACUCAACCAAUCGGGAAAGCACAGAGCCUCCUCCGCUCACCGGACCCCGGUCCCCCCACCACUUUAAGAUCGAAUGUCCAGACUGAUUUUAAACUGACUUUAAUCCGUCUUUACUCUGUCAGGGUGGCGUGUUCUACGCCACUGUUAAUAUUGUGCUCCAGCAAGUGGAGAGCAGCCACAGCACAUAAAAUUACUGCAGUAUCUUACAGUAAUAAACAACUACAAUCUGCCUUUGAAUUGGUGAGAUUAGCUGAACCCAUCUGAACGUCCCCGGACCCAACACUUCAGUCAAAAGAUCCCCAAGGAUUUUGUUGUGCUUUUUUUUUCAUAUAUAACAAGGAGCUUAAAGUUCCAAUCGGACCCAUCUUCAUAGAGUGCUUACUGACGCAGGAAAUGUAACUGGUGCACUUCACAAAAGCAGCCGUGGAUUGAUCUUGGUGGAUGAGCGAUGAUGUUUAUUUUUCUGGAAGAAUGGGAGGUGUCUGUGGAGCAGUGCUCUGGCUGUGGAACUGGAGCGCUGAACUGGAGCGCAGCCUCUGCGGGGACGUGCAGACGAGAGCAGCCCAUUGGCCGGUCUCGCCGUAGACACUUAAUUAUGUAUGACAGCACAGACGCACAGCAGCAGAAUCCACAAAAUGGAAGAUUUUUCUGCCAUAAAUUUUUAUCAUGGUUUUUUUAACACCGUGCACUUAACAGUCAUGCCCAUCGUCAAUAUAAUUUACGGACAUAAUCAAUUACAGCGUUUCCUCAGUGGCUGUGAUCUCUUAUUUUUGUGUAUCUUGUCUGAUUUGUGCAUUAUCAUUGAAUCGGAUGUUUGACGAUUGUUUUUUGCUUUUCUCUAAAGAAUGUGGAUGAAUGCACUUACUGUCCUUUCUGAUUGUCCUAACAAACUUUUUAUAAUGCUGUUUUCCUGGAGUGAGAUAAUGAAUCCUGUUAAUGUCA